CUGAAAAUAGGAGAAAUUAAUUUUCGUCAAAAACUGUGAAAAAAGUGCGAGAAACCGCAAAAAACUUGUUGUAAAGUGUGAACGGAGCCCAAAUCUGCCGAAAUAAGUACAAGUUACAGGAGUGGGAGCGGAAAAAAGUAUCGAAAACUCAGAUGGCAUCAUCCAGCAUAAAACUCGAGCCAAAUCCCGCAUCUGACUACUCGGACGACAAUGAAUCCGACGAAAGUCACCCAAGUUUGUCGAAUCGCAGCAAAGAUGGCAAAGGAAAAUGGACAAAAGAGGAAGAUACGUCGCUCAAGUUUUUGGUCGAAGCGCACGGCGAAAACUGGGAAACAAUCGCAAAACUCAUGAAAGACCGCACCGAAGUACAAUGUCAACAAAGAUGGACCAAAGUUGUCAAUCCGAACUUGGUAAAGGGUCCCUGGACCAAAGAAGAAGACGAUAUGGUGGUUGAAUUGGUUGGCAAAUACGGGCCCAAAAAAUGGACUUUGAUCGCGAGACACUUGAAAGGUCGCAUUGGGAAACAGUGCCGCGAACGAUGGCAUAACCACUUAAAUCCAAACAUCAAAAAGACCGCAUGGACCGCGGAAGAGGAUGAUGUAAUCUAUCAGGCGCACCGUUCGUGGGGCAAUCAAUGGGCGAAAAUCGCCAAAUUAUUACCUGGCCGUACCGAUAAUGCAAUCAAGAAUCACUGGAACUCGACGAUGCGUCGCAAAUACGAGAACAAAGAUCUGUCCCGCAAGAUUUCCAAAGGUAACAAGAGUGCAAAUUCAUCUGCGGCGGCAAAUUCAUCCUCUGUAACGCCCUCCACGACUUCCGUUGCGGUUCGUCAAGAGCGCCAAUUCACGGAUUGGGCUGCGAUGGAAAAUUCCAACGAUUCCAAUGAAAUUGCAAUUUCCACGACACGCGGUGACUUCUUGAUAAAACCCGUACAAUCGACUACCAUCGCAAAUGACUUCAUGUUGGGCCAGAAUUUCCCGCCCGCCAACAUACCAAAUCAAUAUUUGGCGUCGCCCGAACAAAAACGGCCCCCAAAACAGGUGACCACGCCAAAUAUUUUGCGCAAACGUCGUCGCGACGAUCACGAUUACAUCUACGAGCCGGAUUACAUGAUGCGUGCCCCCUACGAAGAUGCACCGAAGGCCCAUCAAAAUCGUCAGGAUUUGGCAGCGUCGCCCACUAAGGUGACUCCCAUCAAGCCACUUCCGUUCUCGCCGAGCCAAUUCCUGAAUUCGCCCGCGAAUCAAUUUGACGAGAAUGUUCACAUGUCGAGCACGCCGAUGCGUCAACCGAAGUUGAGUGCGACCUUGAACACGCCCAUUCCGACGGAACAAGCUGACAGCACGCCCGUACGUACAAAGAAUAAGAGUAAUGCACCGAAGACGCCGACUCCCUUCAAAAUUGCCUUGGCAGAGUUGGAUAAACGACGUGCCGAAUCGUAUGUGCCGCCGAGCCCGGGACGCAUUGCCGAAGAUAUUUCCGAGAUAAUGGUGAAGGAACAAGAAUUGUCGACGACUACGGAAAAGGAUGCGAAGGAGAAUCAACAACCGGCGUCAUGGGAUACGGCAGAUAUGAGCGGAUAUUUGGCAGAAACGCCGAGCAAAUCGCUCGUUUCCGAUUCGGGUGUGAUUUUUUCGCCGCCCAGCUUCAUCAAGGAUGUACUCAGUGAUUCCGAUUUGUUGCUUGACGCAGCCGGAUUGCAUGCGCCGCACAGUCCCAAGCCCAAGAUCCAAAUUCUCGACCCAAAAUGGGAGAAAUACGCCUGCGGUAAGACAAAGGAUCAACUUUAUUUAACGCAACAGGCACACAUGUGUCUGAAAAAGACGACACUUCAACCUCGUUCUCUAAAUUUCUAUAAGAAAAAAGUUUUGCUAUAACAAUUACGUGGAAGUGGAAUUUUGAAAGAUUCAAAAAAAAACAUGCAAAAAUGUUAACAAACAAAAAAACAAGAAAGAAUGAACUAUUAGUGUGAAAAUUUUAGAUAUAAUUUGAAUAUUAUCUACAAAUAUUAAGUAAAGAUUAAGUGUCUGCACCAGAGAUCCGUUCUGGACUCCUUAACGACGAAAUUUGAACUUUUUUUCAAAAUUAGAAGAAAAAACAUUUAAAAAAAAAUUCAUAAAUUAAUUAACUUUCGUCUUUAUUUAAGUUGCUCUACCUUUGAAUUUGAAAUUACUAUAAUUUUCUUUUGAUACCAAUAAAAACGCGAGAAAGAAGUUGAACAUUGUUAGAGGAAAAAUGGAAAACUAUCAAAAUAUUAGUUUGUAAGCGAUCAAAUAAAUAAAAUACAUUUAUGCGUGUACCUUAAAAUUUUUAUGAAAAUUUGU